GGUAGGAGAAAUUUGUUUUGGUUUUGGCGUGGCUCGCACUUUUCACCUUACCUUUUUUUCGCCGAAUUUAUAAUAAUUGACCUUGGCGCAAUUUUACUACGCUUUUUGAAAACGUAGUGCAGUUUUUCCGUCGAGUUUAUUUCCUCAACAUGGAUUCUCUAAUGAACGAAAUGGACUUGCUCCUUGCUAAAAUCAGAGACUUGCCUGAGAGCGAAAGAAAACUCGCCUUUGACAAACUCCAACGACAAAUUGAACCAAAUCUUGCAGAAAAUGACAGUGGAGUUUUGGACGAAGGUAUUGACAAGAGGACAGAAACUGUCAUUGGAAACCAGGGCCAAGGAACUGGCUCUAACAUUGACCAUAAUGUACUUGAAAUUCUCCUUGGCAUCGAAAACGGAGAAUCGAACGGGCCUGAGGAAGUUUAUGUUGAUCCUGUAACUGAUGUGUUGGAAAUUGAAUUUGUCUCACCCUUGCAAUGUGAUGUUUGUGGCUUAUGUUUGAAAAGCAAAGCGUCCCUGCGAGGACAUUUGAAAAUUCACGAGAAGGACAAAGCCUCACUGAAAUGUAAAGUUUGCAGUAAAAAAUUUAAGAAAGUCUCCAAUUUGAAGGUGCAUUUGAAGAGGCACGCUAAUGUCCGAGAUCAUCCGUGCCCACAAUGCUCCUACAAGUCCAUCACAAAAAACGAUCUUGACCGACACAUUGCCAGCUCCCACACCAAAAAAUUUGACAACAUUUGUGAAUACUGCGGAAAGACAUUUUCGGCAAAACGACUUCUCAAUUGCCACAUCAAGACUGUCCACACCGUGGAUGAGAACUUUUUCUAUUGCGCCCUGUGUCCUCACAAGGCUAAAUUGAAAAGCAAUUUGAGAGUGCACAUUCAGCUGAAGCAUUUGGGUGAUUAUUAUGCACACAAGUGUCCAGUAUGUGGCUUGAAAGUGGCCUUGAGAAGUGCUUUUCUGGAGCACCUUCGGGCCCACACUGGAGAUAGACCUUUUAAGUGCAGCCUCUGUUCUUCGUCCUUUGCUGCCCAGGGGAGACUGAACGCCCACUUCAACAACAUUCACAAGCCAAGAGAAUUUGUCUGUGAUAUUUGCAGCAAAAAGUUUCCUAAUAAACAUCACCUGCUGAGACACACGACAGUCCAUUCCAACUCAAAACCAAAUGCAUGUCCAUUCUGCCAGUUUUCCUGCAACAUGAUCGGAAAUCUCACCAAGCACAUCCGAAACACGCACAACAUGCCUGAUUUCAGUAUGAGGGAAUUUAAGAAGCAGCAGAAUGUGCAAAUCGGGAGGGAGAAAAAGGAGUGGGCUGUGAGAGGGGCGCAAGAAAUGGGACAGUAUUUGGAUGAGUUGGCUGACAAGAUAGGCAGAAAAAUCACUGUUGAAGAACUCAAAGAGCAGGAAGAAGAUAAGCGCAAACAACUGACAGCAGUUGUAGAAAAAGCCAAACUGGACCGCAUCAACAGAAUUACAUCCAAAGAGCACUCGUACGUCCAAAAGCCAAACCCUCCUGCUGUUUCAUUGCCCCACGUCCUGCCCAACAUCUACACCGAAGCCAUCGCAGCCGCUAACCUUGACUUCAGCACUACUAAUAUAGCCGAGUUGCCAAACUUGCUGGCUGACUCUGGAGAAGGGUUCUGUGUUGACGCAGCCAAUCUCAUCAUGCCGAGCGACCUUGCUGAACUCAGAGACCCGAUGCUCCCAAAUUUCACCGACAUGCUUCCUCUCGGAUUGGAAAAUUACUCCAUGCCCGUUCUUGAAACUCCCAAUUAUUUUGUACAGCUUGCCACUGGAGAAAAGGUUCAGUUGAAUUUACAGGAUCAGACGCUGAACAACGUGGAACUUCCAAUUUUUAACCAGACUGAUGGGACUCUGCAAAACGAGUUCCUCUCAAAUACCAAUACCUACAUGAUCGUGUUGGCCGAGCCUAGCAGCGAAUCCAUGCAGCUGGAUAUGAGCCACUUACAAUAGUGUCAAUAGAGCUCCUGGCCGCCGCUGCGCGCAUCAUCAUGACCGAGACUUGCUUCGUUACUCAGGUCCGCCUGUUGGCCGCCCUUGAUGCGGCCAACGCCGCGACGCAGGUGAAGAAGCCGCCUGCCCGCCUCAACAGCUUCUUUGCAUC